CAACUCUAAGUUUGCACGAUGACUGAAUUAGAGACAGCAUUCACAACAAUCGUCAAUGUCUUUAACAUGUAUGCAAGCAAGGAAGGCACUCUCACAAAUGAGGGGAUGAAAACACUUAUGGAGAAAGAACUUCCAGGAAUACGUUUGAAUGCAAAAGGGAAGGAUGCUUCAGACAAAAUCCUGAAAGAUCUGAAGGAAAAUCGAGGUGCAAUUCUGAGCUUGGAUGAAUUCCUUAUCCUUGUGGCUAAAGUGCUCGUAAUAAGAAGAAAUGAAACAAAAUAA